AUGGAGUUCAUGCAUCCCAAACGUGUCUCAUCCGGCAAGUGGCUGUCUCGCCUAGCUGAGAAAUCGCCUCUCACGCCCCUGAGCAACGGUCAACGCAGCGUUCGAACACUUCCUUUCACCGAGAGUACCUUUCGCCUGAUCUCAAAGCGACUUUUUGUUCACCACACCAUUUCUGCGAUUGUCAGCAGGGCUAAUAUUCCAACGUUUUCAUCGGCCGAGGUCCAAAUGGAAGGGGAGAAUGGCAACAUACAUACGGCGACUGUGUACAACUGCAGGUCAUCGAAUGAUUGGGAAAUGGAUUUGGCCCUUACAGCAACGCACUUUCCAAAGCAAGGAUUAACAUUCGCACUUCUACUUGGUUGCCCACUGUCUAUCGAAGAGGAAGUUAUUCGGCGCUUGUCUCGAGUGUCUACGGAAUCAAGUUACCCACUUGUUCUCCCCGGGAUCUUCGUCGAGCUCGAGAGAAGUAGGCAUGUGGCAGUAGCAGAAAAGAUGAUUGAUCAGUUGGAGAACAGGAUCUCUGAACUUGACUACGCGUCGGGUGGCACCAAACAAGCUCACAUGCGGGAAAUGAACCAAGCGAAGCGAGAGAACUAUCUCGACACAUCCUAUCUCAGAAAUGGACUCGUGAGCUGGAGGAACCAGCUCAUUAAAAUGGCUAAGCAGGCCGAACUCCUAGAAGACGCGAUGUCCGGCCGAGAAGUAAGAGCUAGUCUCGGUCUAUAUCCCCAUUCAAAUGCAUCCAUGGACGGCUUGCCGGUCCAAACAGUGUUCCAGAUGCGAAGAACUGGGCGAAAGGUGGUCAGUCGUCUUCAAUCAAUCAUUGAUGAGUACGACGACAAAAUUCGUGACUGCACGAUGCGCUUGGAUGGUAUGGCCAUGGCUACUCAGUGGAGUGUCUUCUCUAUGAGCUUCUUCACAUGGUUCGAUGAUGAUGGGAAUAGCAGGGCACAAGUUUCGUCAUUUGUAUGGAUCUAUGUUCUCUUUGCUUUGGUGUCGACGACCCUCACCAUUGGAUCCUGGUACCAUUUUAACAUAUGGCGGAAGCACUCUAGACGGAUCUCACAAGGGGAUGCGUCGUUUUGA